AUGCCGCCUACCCGGCUCCCAGCUUCGGGCAAUCCGCUUGUCUUCUUUGACAUUACGAUUGGAGGAGAACCAUUAGGACGGAUCCAAUUCGAACUCUUCGCCGACACAGUGCCCAAGACAGCCGAGAACUUCCGGCAAUUCUGCACGGGCGAGAGCAAAAAUCAUGUCGGCCGACCUCAGGGCUACAAAGGAUCUAAAUUCCAUCGCAUUAUCAAAGAUUUUAUGUGCCAGGGAGGUGACUUUCUCAAUGGUGAUGGGACAGGCUCAACCUGCAUUUACGGCACCACGAAAUUUGCAGACGAGAAUUUUAUUUUGAAACAUACCGAGCCUGGUCUACUUUCCAUGGCUAACGCUGGACCCAACGAUAACGGCUCGCAAUUCUUUAUCACUACCGUACCCACGCCAUUCCUCGAUGGAAAGCAUGUCGUUUUUGGAAAGGUAUUUGAUGGCCUCGAAGUCUUGCGCAAAAUGGAGAAUGUCAAGACUGGCUAUCGCGGCAAGGACGUGCCGAAUAUGGACGUUGUGGUUGCAAUGUGUGGAGAAAUGUAA